GUUUUCCAAGAAUCAAUCAUCUCUCAUAGAGUAAGUGGGUUGUGCAGCAAUAAGUAUAUAGAAACAGGUAUGUGGGGUCUAUGUCAUGGAGAUGCACCACAAUGACAACAAGAAGAGAAAAUGAUGACGAGAAAAGGAAGACAUCAAGAUAGAGAUAGAAACACCAGUUUUUGUAACAUUGCGUUUGACUCUGAAUAGAAGUCUUUGAACAAUUACUAAUAUCAGUCGAGCACAUUUCUUAAUCAAAGCUGCAACUUGUGAUGUGAAAUGUAACAAAGCAAAGACCAAAAUAUUAAUUGCAGAAGUUAUCACUCGCCCUUUCAGCUGUGAGGGAAAUUAUGCUGUUAAAAUUAAAGAUGUAUUCAUAUUGAAAAUUAUUUGAAAAAUAGUGCAUUUUCUAAAUAAGUUUAAGUAGAAGGAAAACUAAACAUGGUGUAAACCUACAUGCAAAAAUCAUGAAGGGUUUUAAUUGUUUUUUUAAAAGCCAGCAUUCAGUUUUAGAGGUGUGAAGGGGUGUAACCACAUGCCAUUCUGCUCUUUGAAUUAUUUUUGGCAUUCUUGAUGUCUAGCAGACAUCUAGACAAGAUAAAGAUCUUACUUACAGGACAUACAGGAAGCAACAUCUGCUCUUCUGUUUUUUUUUACUGCUCAUUAUCAGACUGCUAACUAUUUGGGUGUUAGUUCAUCUCUGCAGAAUAAAGGCAUCACAUCAUUAAGAACGAAAAACAAAAAGGGGGGAGCCUUGAAGUGCCAUUCCUGACUCUACCUGGCUGGAAGAGCCAUCAUUGAGAUAUCACUAUGCAAGACGAGAAUGCCACAGAAAAUGACACAUACAGUUAUACGAGUUACUAUGAUGAAGGUGUCACACAAGAUUAUGCUCCUAUCAACUUAACUGAUAUUCAAGAUUUCAGUCAAGUGUUUCUUGCCACUCUCUAUAGUUUGGUUUUCAUCCUGGGCUUCAUAGGUAACGGACUAGUGGUGUGUGUCCUGGUGAAGCAUCGCAAUCAGUGCAACCUGACAGACAUCUGCCUCUUCAACCUGGCUCUCUCUGACCUCCUCUUCGUCUUCAUGCUGCCUUUCUUCUCUCACUAUGUCAGGGUUGGUCAGUGGACUUUUGGAGACUUCAUGUGCCGUUUGUUGUCCGGGUCUCACCAGAUUGGCUUCUUCAGCAGCAUCUUCUUCAUGGUUGUCAUGACGCUGGACCGCUACAUGAUCAUCGUGCACGCUCACAGGGUUGCACGUUUUCGCACAAAGAGGGCAGCCAUCAUUCUAACCGUGCUCGUUUGGAUGCUGAGCUUGUUUGUCUCUCUGCCGGAUUUUAUCUCCACACGGGAAAUAAAGGAAGAGCCUCAGAAGACUGGAUGUAACUAUCACAACAAAGUCUGGGAGCGUUACAACCUGUUCACCACAAAUGUGCUGGGUCUCGUGAUUCCUUUGCUGGUGAUGGUUGGUUGCUACUCCAGGAUCAUCCCCACACUGAUGAGCAUGAGGACAGCAAAGAGGCACCGCAUCGUCAAGUUGAUCAUCUGUAUAGUUGUUGCGUUUUUCUUGCUCUGGACUCCAUAUAACAUUUCUCGUUUCUUGAAGUUUCUUCAGGAAAAGGGGAAAAUCCCACGUAAUGACACCAUGGACAAAAAUAUAAGGCUGUCAGUGGCAGUAACUGAGAGCUUAGCUUACACUCACUGCUGUCUGAACCCCAUCAUUUAUGCUUUUGUGGGAGAGAAGUUUAUGAGACGAGCCUUGCAGCUGCUGAAAAAGUUGGUGCCUGGUUACAGCAGAGAUUUGUCAGACAGCUCAUUCAGGAGGAGCUCAGUUAUGUCCAGGGGCUCUGAAAUCACCUCCACUUUUAAACUGUAGAAGGUGGAGGGCAGUUGUAACUUGUUUAACAUGUAGUUUUCACGUGUUAUUACUGCAGAGCAUAUCUUGCUAUUGUUUUUUUGUUCAUUUGACCACUCGUAUUUGACACAUACUGCAGUGUUUUUCACUACAGAGUUUGUGUUCACACCUUUAGAUCCUAUGAUUACAAGAGAAUACUUCAUUUUUUAUCAUAACAUUUCAGAUGCAAAGGCUCAAAACUUAUCUCCAGUGUUUUUGAGACUAUGUAAUGCUCGUCCUUCUUCUGCUCAGGCUCAGUGAAACUUGCUGGUGCAUUUAACUGAACCUGCUGUUUGCAGCAUCCUGUAACAACAAGCUGACACAAACAUGCAAAAACAGCAUACUGCAACACAAACAAACCAAAGAUGGCAAUACAGAAUGUUCUAGUCUUAGAUGAAAUAGAAAUCAUUCAACCAAAUGUAUACCAAUACGGAGCAUUUUCCAUAUUCACAUGUCAUCAUUGAUAAUUGAAUCUUAUAAAAUGAUGUGGAGCAAACGUUCCAGUAUUGGCAACAUUGUAUAUAUGUACAGAAUAGAGCUUUACAUGCUGGAUACAUUGUCCUUAUUGCUUCAGUGACUUUUACUGUUGUGCCAGACCUUCUUUGAAUGAAACCGGUGCAUUUUCUUACUUUAAUUUACAUAUUUCUAUCUUCAGCCCCAUUCUGAUGUUUCACUUUUUGCACUUUUUUUGUUUGUUACAUCAUUUUAUGGUUCUUUGCAUUUGUAAUGACUGAGUCGAGUCAGACACUCCUUUAUCUCUUUUGCUGAUUUUAUAUGAUAGUUUUCUUAAGACAAUAAAUGAUAAUGCAAAUCUUCAGCUUACUUCAAAUUAAAGUCAUAAAGUAGUUUGUCAUAUUGGAGGAGUCCAUUGUUCAUUUUGAGAAGCUCUCUUAAUUCUCUCUGCUAUGGAAAUGACAAAUUCUGUACACAGUCAGAAAAAAGGAUCUGUUAAAAAAGAAGUUCUGUGAGAUAGUCCCAAACUAAUUCAUUAGAUAGGUUACUCUUCACCAUCACUAUAAUUUUUCUCGCCCGUGGAAGAGUCCAACUGAACCGUCAUCUGAAAUCUCGGGCUUUCAAUUGAGGCCGCAUGUAAUGUCUUUUCAAAAUGACAUGAGUUGCAGCUUCCACAUUAUGUCAACAGAGAAGGAUACGUGAUUUUUUUUGUUGUUGCUAAAAAUCUAAUUGAUAUCUUAACUUAACUUAACUUUUCCUUUUAGCAGCACUUCAGAAAUUCAGUAAUUUUACUCCUUUCCAAAACCAAAAUCAGAUUUGUUGCCCUUUGUAGUGGACAGCAGAAAUAACUUUGGCAUAUUUUCAACCUAUAAUCAUGUUACAGGAAGUGAAAGUACGGAUUUUCCUUACUAUUGUGGAAGGAGAGUCAGAUUAGAGCUGUCAAGACAUUAGGUGGACAUUAGAGUACAAAGGUGAAAGCUCAAAAGAGCACAUACAGAGAUUGUACCAUGUAUUGCUCUGACUUUUUUAGGCAUUACAAUUUCUAGAAGGGGAAAUAAAAGCAUUUUAAGUUGAAUUCAAACACACAUCAAUUUAAGGUUUGAUUUCUUUCUUCAGUUACUCUGUUGAUUUAUUCAGUUAAUUAUAUUUGCUAAAAGUGCAUUAAACUGUACCGUUUCUGUGUUUACCAGUUCAGUUUAAAUUAUACUGAAACUGGGUUGAAAUCAUUUUGUUGUUGGUGCUCAUCUCUGAAGGCAGCAUUAAAACUGAAAUGAACGGAAAAUAUUCUUCAGCAUAUUGCUGUUGUCAUAUUACUGAUGACUCAGAUAACCUCUGAAAGGAUUCAAAUGAACUGGUUAGCCAAUUCGGUAAGUCAAGACAUGUUAUUCAAGAUUCACCAGCAGCCAACAGGCCCAGGGUUCUCCAGCAUCUCCAGGCCCAGGACUCUCCAGCAGAUACCAGGCCCGCCACCAGGCCGCGGUCAGGCUCCAAUAGCCCGAGACCAGGCUUCCUUAUUAGCCUGCAGGCGGAACAGAACGAAAUCUUCAGUAGUACCAUAGCCAGUUUUUGCUUAAACGAUACCAACUAUGGCUGGUAAAAGUGCCUACUAAAUGGUAAAUGGACUGAUUAUUACACAGUGCUUUUCUACUUUCCCAGAACACUCAAAGUGCUUAACAUUCUUAACAUGCCACAUUCAUCCAUUUACACAAGCACUUUCUUCUGUGCUGUGUAAGUGCUUUCUACCUAACACUUGCACACAUUCAUACUCUGAUGGAUGCAUGUUAGAGUAAUUUAGGAUUAAUAUCUUGUCCAGGGAUAUCUGGCAUCCACACUGCCAAGGAUUGAACCACCAACCUUCCAAUCAGCAGAUGACUUGGUCUACCUCCUUAGAUGUCAGGAGAGCUUUCUAAUACCUCUAAACAACAGAAGUUGCUAUUGGAUAUGAUGGAACAGAUUAAAGAACUGCAAAAACUAAAUGAAGAAAAGGAUAAAAAAAAAUAGCCCUCUUGGUUCCCAAGUGGAUGAUCUAGAGCAGUAUACCUGUAUGAAUGGCUUAAUAGUAAGUGGACUGGAGACCAAACACAGAACGUAUGCUAGAGCUGUAGUGGCACAGGAAGUCACUGAGCCUACUGAAGCUGACGUCGACUCUUUGGAGCAACAAACUGUCAAUUUCUUCAAUGGCAAGUGAAUAACUAUUAAUAGUAAAGACACUGAGGUUUGCCAUUCUCUGCCUUCAAAAAGUAAUAGAGUAAAACCAUCUAUAAUAAUAGGCUUUGUGAAUAGAAAAUCAAACAGGACACUGUGAGCUGUGAGGAACCAGUGUCUACAUAAACGAGCAUCUGACAAAGAAAAAUGCAGACAUAGCAUGACAAGCAGGAAUACUAAGAAGACUAAAAACGGUGCAAUCAACAUCUACAUCAAACUUAAAGGAACCCCAGAAGAACAAAAAGUUGUGGUCAUUAAAUUAGUUUCAGAUCUGGAUAAAUAUUAGAAAUGAACUAUGACAGGUUAAAUAAAAAAUAUAAUUCUCCAUUAGGAAUUCUUAACAACCAGCUAUACAUAAGAAUCAUAUAACAUGACAAAAUAUGAUGAUAACAACUUUUCUUA